AUGUCCGAGACUAUUAUUACCACUAGCGCCCAGAAAGUGCCAGAAUCGGUGUCUCCUGCCACAGCCAGAGGCUAUAAGAUGGAUAAGCAAGGAGCCCAGAACAUCUCUAUGGGUAAUCCCACUCCAUAUCCUAUUCCUACAUUUGAUGACCCUUAUAGAAAAAGAGAAUGGAUGUUAGAACAUAUGGCGGGUGCCUUCAGAGUUUUCGGUAGAAGAGGAUUUGGCGAAGGUUCUGCUGGACAUAUUACUGUUAGAGACCCGGUCAAUCCUUCAACUUUCUGGAUUAAUCCUCUUGGAACACAUUUCUCAUUGAUGAAGGCUUCUGAUAUGGUUCAGGUAGAUCUUGAUGGUAAUAUUAUUGGUGGUAAUACCAGUGCACCGAUCAAUGCUGCUGGUUUUGCCAUUCACUCUGCAUUGUACAAGCGUAGACCCGAAGUCAAUGCUGCCUGUCAUACCCAUUCGGUUUAUGGUAAGGCUUAUUCGGCCUUUGGUAAACCUUUGGAAAUGUUGAACCAGGAUUCAUGUGUAUUUUAUAAGAAUCAGGCUGUCUAUAACGAUUUUGGAGGAGUUGCUGUUGAAAAGAAAGAGGGAGAAAACGUUGCCAAAGCUGCUGAUGGUGUUCAAAGUGUCAUCCUGAGAAAUCAUGGUCUCAUGACUGCCGGCACUACUGUCGAUGAAGCUGCCUAUCUUUUUACUUUGAUGGAAAGAACAUGUCAAUGUCAGUUGUUGGCUGAUGCUGCUGAAAACGAGGGUAAAAAGAAAAUCAUUAUUGGUGACGAAGAGGCUGCCUACUGUCACUUUAUCGAUUGUGAUCCUGAAUCUCUUUUCCUUGAAUUUGGUGUUGGUUUGAACUAUGAAAUUGCCAUGGAUGAUAGCUUCAUGACUUUUACAAACUCCAGAAAAUUUAAUCGGACUCCUUGA